AUGUGAGAGGGGGAUAGAGAAGAGAGAGGUAGAUAUGGCACUGAGGGACAUGGUUGGUGGGCAUGGUGGUGAUGGGUUGAUGAUUGGACUGGAUGAUCUUAGAGGUCUUUUCAAACCUUAAUGAUUCUAUGAUUAUUUGACAUCCUUCCAAGGCUCAUUCAUUCUUCUAAUCUGCACAAUCCCUGCUCAUCUCAGAGCCAAGUUCUUCCCCACAUGAGAGGCAGUGGUCCCACUGCUCCCAGUGUGGGCAGCAGAGGCACCCUUCUGGAAAGGCCAGGGCCUGGUCUUGCCUUCAGCAUCCACCCAGCCCUCUGCAGGGCAGCUCCCUCCAGGUCAUAGCCUGCUUCUUCUCCAUAACAACCCUCAUCUCCCACCUCCCCUGUGCUGGGACCAUGGGAGCUGGUGAUCCUUUGCUUGAACUCUGCUGUAGUGCUGCUUCUCUCUGCCCAGGCUGCCUCCCUCCAGGAGUCUGGAAGCAGCCAAAACAUACUGCCUCAGCCAAACCAGACAGGUUACAGGCAGUCCUGACCCACGUUGUGAUGGACUCUGGGCCAGUCCCCACAUCCUGUGCAGGCGGCAGAGGCCAGGCAGGGGACAGCUGGCACAGGGACGUGGCAGCCAGUCUGCAUGCCGGUGUGAGGGGCUGGGGCUGCCCAUGCUGCCUUCACCUGGCAGAGAGCUGCAAACAGAGACAGAGCCUUUCCACGGCCUGCCUUCAGAUGAGGGAUUUGCUGCAGCUUCCCAGACCUCCCCAUUGCACCAGCCUGUUGUAUUUACAGGCAAUUGCCAGUUGGAGCAGGAUAUUUAAGGGUCCAGCUAUGAGGAGGAGAGGAGAUUGUCCUGAGGACUUACAGCAUUAAGAAAGAAACAUGGACACAACAAGUGAUGACUUAGCCAACCCCACAACCUGGCAGGACAGUGGAGGUGAUUUUCCCAACUGCACUGAUGUAGAAGUCAGUCUGAAGACUUCGUACCUCCCUGUUAUGUACAGCCUCAUCUUCCUGGUGGGCUUCCCAGGAAACGUCAUCGCAAUCUGUGUUUACAGUUUCAAGAUGAGGCCUUGGAGGAGCAGCACCAUCAUCAUGCUGAACCUGGCGCUCACAGACCUGCUCUACCUCACCAGCCUUCCCUUUCUGAUACACUACUAUGCCAGUGGGGAGCACUGGAUCUUUGGGGAAUUCUUGUGCAAGUUCAUUCGUUUUGGCUUCCACUUCAACUUGUACAGCAGCAUCCUCUUCCUCACCUGCUUCAGCACCUUCCGCUACAUGGUGAUUGUUCACCCUAUGAAGUUCUUCCAUGUCCAAAGGAAGCGGUGGACAGCAGUGGCUUGCGCAGCCAUUUGGGUGAUCUCCCUGGCAGCUGUCAGUCCCAUCAACGUCUUGAUCUCCUCAAAAGAGGAGCAAAACAGAUCCUUAUGCCUUGACUUAACCAGCUCUGAAAACCUGGAUGCUAUCAGGUGGUAUAACUGGCUGCUCACCAGCCUGGCCUUCUUCUUGCCCCUGGUGACAGUGACUCUGUGCUACGCGCUUAUUAUUUGUGCCUUGGCCACCGGACCCCAGACACAGGCUGCCCACAAACAGAAGGCUCGCAGACUUGCCAUCGUCCUCUUGGUGGUCUUCUAUGUGUGCUUCCUCCCCUUCCACCUUUUUCGGGUGGCUCGGGUUGAACUGCGGUUGUGUCCCAUCAGCUGUCACGUUGAGAAGCAGAUCCACACCGCCUAUAUCAUCUCUCGGCCUCUAGCUGCACUCAACACCUGUGGUAACCUUCUGCUGUAUGUCGUGAUGGGAGGUAACUUCCAGCAGGCCAUCCUCUCGCUCUCAUGGUGCAAGUGGAGCAAAUGCAUCCAGCCACCUGGGAGCAGUAAUUAUGUGAGCAAGUCAGAAAUCACCGCAAGGUUAUAAAAGAGUCCCUUGAAGAAAAUUCCAGCAAACCUGGGAUCGCUUUGUUGCCACAUAGGCAGGUGUAUGGAUAUGCAGUGAGAACUGCAGCUGGAUUCUCACUCUCUCUGCAGUUGAGUGCUCGUCCAAAAAGCCAUCUCAGGAGCAGGCUUAUACAUACUUCUCUUAGCAACCAAAUUAAGAAAAAAUGGAAUGAAGACAAAAGGUUGCAAACCUUCUUGAAGGUAGAAUUUAUCUUGCCCAAUCAGACUGUUUCCAAAGACAUUUGGGAAAUGCCGUAUUCUCUUGCUUCAGGCUUGGAGGUUGGCAACAGAAACACAGGGAGCUGGAUUUGUACAAGAGAACAACUUCCACUGAGUUCAGUGCUGUCACUGGUGUAGUACUUUGUUAAUUACAGCUGGAGUGAGAUGCAGAGGAUUGUCACAGUUGCUGAAACCUCUGAAUUACAUAAAUUACAUGCUUAGAAAGCAUCUAGAUGAAUCAGGUAUUUUCAAAUUAGAUGGGCCUGAUGAACUUCAACACAGGCCACUGAAGAACUGGAUCACAAAAUCUCAGAGCUGUCCCAGGGAAAGAUGAGAGAGAAGUAUCAAAGGAAGAAAAUGUGGUGAAUACAAGGAAAUACAUAGAAGACGGUACAUGUAUUGAAAAAAGGGAGGAACAAGGAAUUAAAAAAACAGUUUUGAUAAUAUCCACCUCAGAAAAGUACUGGAACAAACGGUCAGAUGAUAAAUCUACAAGGAAUGAGUACAGGUGAGUACCUAGCACUUUAUCAGUGUUUAUUGGGUAUGUACAAUCCCAUAUUAAUCUGAUUUUCUACUGCAACACAUUAGCAAGCCUGUAUGUGGAAGAAAAGAAGCACAUGUCAUAAAGCUUGACUCCUGAAAGAAUUUUGACUCUGAGAUGAUUCUUUUAAGUAUAAGCUAAAGAAACUGUCUAGAUGAAACCAGUAGCUACUGUAACUCCACUGGUUACAGAGCUGUGUUCAGAACAGCAAUAUUUAUGAUUUCCUGUCAAAGUAGAGGGAGCAGUGGGGAUUUGAUCGAUCUGUCCUGGGUUUGGGGAUAGCUGGUGUUUUCAUUAACAAAUAGGUUGAUGAAAUGAAGUCUGGUUAUUAUAUCUGCAGAUGACAUAAAGCUGAGAGGACAAAAUUACAUAGACUAAUUGCAACCACGUUCUGAAAAAGCAUAGGGUGCUAUUAGGCAGUGACAGGUGCAAAGUACUGCGUUUAAGUAGAAAUAAUGAACUGUACAAACACAAAAGGAAAAAAAAAUGGGGAAGACGUGGUGAGUGGAGCAUGGUAAGAGUAUUCUCAUGGGAAUGACCAAAGGGGAAAGGGACUGGAUGGAAAAAUAGAUGGUUUGAAAGUACCUCAAGGAGGGACAUCAGGAAGGGCUUUCUCUUGUGGAGGUAAUGAGGCACUGGAAAGGACAAGAAGAGCCCACGCCACUGGGUGUCUCCAGGAGCAGGUAUCAAGGCAUUUGGCAAGAGGGACCUGACUUCUGGAGAUCCAUUUAGGCCACUGAGCUCUGCAAUUAGGUGUGCAUUGCUGAUGACAUCAAUGCCAGUGAAAGAAGUAGUACCUGGGGACAUCCCUGGGGCUGGAGGCUGUCCCACCAUCCUGUCACAGUUCUGUGGCACUUGGGGCAUGUGGCAGGCCAGGAGCAGCCACCUGCUCCUUGACAAUGGCUGGUAGCCACCAUGGGUUAGUACCACUCCAAAGAUAUGUGGGAAAUGCAAGAUUCCCUUGUUUGGGGCUUUAUGGUUGACUGCAGAACAGGCAGUGCCGUGCAAGUACUGCGUGUAUGACAUUAUAAUAUUUUUACGUGCCUUGUGUUGCCACUAGAUGGUGAUCAUUCAUGCUCAAGCUGCUUGGUUUCACAUAUGCAUGUUUGAUCCACAGAACUUAAACAAACACACACGAUGAUUCACGUGAGAAGCUUUUUCUGACAUCAUAAAUUCAUUACAUCUUAACUUUCCAGUGUAGAAAAAAAAACACAAACACACAGUAUGUAUUCUCUUCCUCUUCUAUGUAAGUGAAAGCACAAGAUGUGUCUCCUACUGCCUAUACAUACAGAUCUGAAGCCUCUCAGUGGGUUAAAAAUACCUUUUUUCCUCUCUCAGAGCAAGGACCAUCAUUACAUUUUUAAUUCAUGUUCUCAGAAGCUCUUCUUUCUCAAGGCCAAGCUGAGCUUAUCACUCAUGAACAGAAGUACAGCCACACAUACAACAUAAAACGAAGGGACUAAAGGUAAAAAAGUGUGUAAUGGAAGUGUUCAAGGCUUUCCAUCUCUGUCAGCAGCAAGAGUGACAGUCUCACAGUUCCAGUGAUUUGGAAAGGGGCUGCCUUUCCGCCUCCUCCUCCUCUUCCCUUAACUUAGCCACAGUUUGGUUGCCUUCUUCCUGUCUCACCUGCUUGCCCACUGUUUCUCUUCACUCAGUUUGGGCUGAACUACCUGUUUGCAAAGUGCUGAAGUCAUGGAAUCACAGAAUCACAGAAUAUCCCAGGUUAGAAGGGACCACAAUGAUCAUGGUAUCCAACUCCUGACUCCACAUAGGAUUACCCACAUUCAAACCCUAUAUCUGAGAGUGAUGUCCAAAUGCUCCAUGAACUCAGGCAUCUCAGUGCCAUGACCACUGCCCUAGGCAGCCUGUUCUAUGCUCAGCACCCUCUGGUGAAGAGUUUUCCAGAUUUCCAACCUGAACCUCUCCUGUAUUUAGGGAACGCUCCUCAGAGCCGUGGUUCACCGGUUGGACAAUAGCCUCCACCAGAAGGGCUGUCAUUUUUUCUGUUAGUGUGGCUGAAUCUGAAGAGGGACAAAACCUCAGCCCUAGUGCAGGCAUUUUUAAAGAAUUCAAGGUCUGCUCAGGUGCCCUGUGGGACCGAGAGAUCAUUAUCUCAUGUGACUCAUUCCUUCUGCUCACUGUGAAGGGUGAGAUUCGAUAGCUUCUAUUUUUAGCAGCUGUCAGUUUACUGCUGAAACAAGGACAAGUGUUUCAAUUGCAGUAAACAGGAGGCACUUUCUGAGCUCUGUAUACAGUGUCGACAAAGCUACAUAAAUUACUAUGAUAUUGCAGGCUGAUUCACAAAGUAGUUAUUCUCCAGUAACCAGGUUUCUGUUGGAAGUUUGUCUGCAAAGACAGUCGUGUCAACUCUAGUGCAUGCCAGCCAUCUACUCUCUGCCUGGGACUGUGUAGAGUCCAAAAAAGAAACUUUGCAAGGUAAACGGCGUUCACACCUCUUAGAGAAAUGUCAGCUCUGAUGAUAGUAAUGAAGAAAUUGUGGAAUUGCUGACUGCUUUCAUAGACAUGUCGAACCUUACUCUUCACAGUGACUUACAUAGUGUCAGAGACUGCAGCAGUUAUUUUUUACCACUACUUGUCAGGAAAGGCAAUCAGCAAUUUUUACCUUUUCUGCCAACAUUGUGUGUUCCCCUUAGAAAUGAAAGCAAAACUCAACUCUCACUCAAACUUCCCAGAAAAAAUACUGACUGCAAUGGCAUAGAAUCAUAGGAUCGUUUGAGUUGGAAGGGACUCUUAAAGGUAAUCUAGUUCAACACCCCUGUAAUAAAAUCAGGUUGCUCAGAGCCCCCUCCAGGCCGACCUUGAAUGUCUCCAGGGACGGGGCAUCCACCACCUCUCUGGGCAACCUGUUCCAGU